AGCACUAAAUUGGGUAACUGUCCAGUGACAGCACCUGCUGGAAAUGAUCAUCCCGAGCUGGAGAGAGACUGGGACUGCUUUGAUAACAACAAACAUUUUGGCCGGCAAUCGAUCCAAGACUGGACUUUUGGACUUAAAAUGCCAACUGUGAAAGACAAGGCAAAAGAAUAUCCAACUGUGAAGGAUCUGCAGAAGGUUUUGGACGCUUGUAAGCUACACCUCCACCAAAUUGAUGAAGUAUGGCCAAAUAUAUACAUAGGGAAUGUGGCAGUAGCCCAAAACAAGGCUGUCCUGCUGAAUUUAGGCAUAACUCAUGUGUUAAAUGCUGCUCACUCCAAGCAAGGCAGCCCAGGGAACCAAAGCUUUUAUGGCAACGACUUUGUGUAUUUUGGCAUUCCAGCAGAUGACUCUACUCACUUUGAUCUGGACGUUUACUUCCAGCCCGCUGCGGAUUUCAUUCAUAAAGCUCUGAAGUCACCUGGUGGGAAGGUUUUGGUGCACUGCAUCAUGGGAAUGAGCCGCUCGUCGACUUUGGUGCUAGCCUACCUCAUGAUCUACCGUCACCUCCCGCUCAAACAGGCCCUGCAGAAAGUGGUCCAGAAAAGGGCCAUCUAUCCCAACAGGAAUUUCCUGGCUUUGCUGCUGGAUCUAGAUCUUCAGCUGACAAGGAAAAAGAAAACCUGUCAGAUAUUGUAGACUUUUUUAGCCUGACUGCGUUUUAGUUAUGCGUCAAGACGUCCGGCAGUCUGUUGAUCCAGCAGUCUGGACUGUGAGUUUUCUUCAGAAAAAAUGUUUUUGGCUCGGCAGGUCACAGAUUUUUGGAGAUAUUCAGGUGACAGUAUGUUAGCAUUUUAAGCUGUGAGAAUCUGUGUAGACGUUUGUGCUUCCAAAAAUCUCAUUCAUCAGACUAUUGUCUUCCAGACCCACACUUAACUUUUUGACCUUUGUUAAUCAAUGACUCAAGAAUUCAGAUGCUUCCAAAAAUCUAAAUUUCACUAAAUUUCACUCUCUGUAAUAGACCUGCAGAGCGAUAGUACAAUAUCAGUACAGCUGUACUUGUAAGGGGGUGGGACAUUUUGUGCCUUUGUGUACUUUACCCUUUACUCAGCAAUUUACUUCUCAUGUUGUGAAGUAUUUUCAUGAAUUAUUGAGAUAAAUGGUCUGAAAAAUACUGGUCCAAAUGUUUUGAGGGUGAGUACACAGUUUUGUUCAACCAAAACUACAAAGGUGCAAAAUAACAAAUGCCCAUCUUUGGAUGUUUAAGGGUUUUCUACCUCUCUUUUUUUGAAGUUUUUCAUGUGCUGUCUUGUAAUUUUGAAGUUUUUACAACUGUGUGUGCUUUUUUGUCAAAUAUGAAGUUUAUGAUGAAGUUUUGAGCAGAUUUGUUUUGUUCAGUUUCAGCAACAAGUUUUGACUUACAGUACAGACCAAACGUUUGGACACAACUGUGUGUCCAAACGUUUGGUCUGUACUGUAUAUAUUGCAAAAAAUACCCACAGCACAAUGUUGUUGUACCCACCAUGAAAAUAUGGUAAAAAGUUAUGUUAAGAUUUCUCUUGGUCCCCUGGAAACUAUAUUAGGGUGUGAUCUUUAGUUGGGGAUGCUGGAUUAUCGCAGUCUAAGUAAAAGACAAAAACAAAACACUAAACCUUAAGCGGGCAAUCUUCAAGUGAUAUCAUCGACUAUAACUAGUUACAAUUAUUGGUAUUUAUAGGCAAGUAUUUGUAAUAAAAUAUGGACAUAAUUGUCACAAAAUACAAAAAUCUAACAUAUUGUAAUUGAUAUUGAUAUUUUCUACCUUAAUUGCAAUCACAGCAUUCAUGCUUUGAUGUCCAUUUUCCUUAGUUUAUGAACAUUUGAUGAAGAAAAUGUUUGUGUUUUGAUUUUGGAUGAAAUCUAAAAGGUCCAAAGGUCUUGUUGGCUAGUGAGCACAAAUAUGGCAAAGGCCAUAAAAUGUAGUAGACUGAUAGCUAUCAUUUACAAGCAGUUACUCAUAUUCUAAUCAUUCUUGUAAGAGCAAAAAGGACCAAAUGAAUCAUAACCAUGUUGAACAAGCAUUGUUUACUUAAGCUUCUUCGUCUCUGAAAAAGAGAGAAUAAUUCAGCAACAUCUGUCCAACACAUCACAGCGUGAAUUUCCUUUGUUCUAUUUAUCAUAGCAGUUGAGUUGAUCACUGCUGUGCAUCAAAAGGCAUCAUUUCCUUUGAUGGUCUAUGAACUCAUCUGUAAGGAUGUGAGUUACAAAAAAGGUAUGAACAAAAACUUUACAGUAGUGACGAUUUCCAAAUGUUCUGCAUUUUAUUCCUAGAACGCACCAGCACAAUUCAAAACAAUACUUGUUCAAAUUAACUACAAAUGCCAUUCAAAACUUGGAUAAGCACAUAUCAAAUAACAGUGAGUAAUGAUCAUUUUUAUUUUAUUUUGUCAAGACAUCUCUUUCUAUACAUACAAAAAUUUGCAAGAAUUUUGUUUUUUAUAAAUUAUAAAAAAAAUAAAUAAAUACAUCCACUGGUUCAAUGUGGUAUUUUUAUAUUUUGCGUAAGACAAUAAAUGUAUCAGUGUUAUGGAGGUAAAUACAGUCAUCAUUAAAUGACACAAAGCUA